AUGCCACACCUUGUACACUUAACCUCCUUGAUCCUGCUCGACGUGGAUGAUCCUUUCAGCGGCAAUCACUUGGUGGAGACAGGUCAACACUCCAAUCCAGACGUUUUGGCUCUAUUCAAAGAGAGAAAACGCUAUGGAUCGUGUACAAAAGACAUAUGGAACGCAUUGACCGCCGCUCGGGUCCGUUUAGAGAAAAUUGUUAUCGAUAAUAUACCCCAAUCUUUCCUCGAUUAUCUCUUGUCAUACUCGGGGCUAAAAAAAUUGUGCUUGAUUUAUCCUGGCUCAGUGCAUAGUGACUUUUCCGAUGGGAAAGCUUCCGACGCCAUGGCUGCUCUCCUUUUUGAACAAUCGCUGAGCAACCACGCCAGGUCGCUGGAAAAUCUCAAUAUAUACGCGGCCUGGGAAGGUCUUUGGUGUUUUGGGGGCCAUAACCGUAAUGCCAUCUCAAAUCUUACAAAACUGAAGAAUCUUGGUAUGAGUGUUAGAUCAUCGGACUUGUGGAAUUACCGCGAUAAAAGAAAGGACAAGAACUCUCUUCCCAAACGAGAUCCUAUACACGAUCUCUUAGACAUGACGGCACACUAUAUGCCAGAUAUUACAACUAUUCGGAUAAAUCCGGCCAGAAGGCGUCGAACUGGACCUAAGCUAAUAAGACCUAAAUCCCGAUCUGGCGAAAAAAUCAAAGACAGUGUGGAGAAUUAUGAACCUCCUCCCGGUUGCAGGCAUAUCCGAGCAAUGAACAUUGACUCUGGGGUUACCAUAUAUGUUGGGGGGACGCAUUCAACCGUUUAA